GAAUAUGAUAUUUUGUGGUAUAAAUACUGCUAGUUUAACUCAAGGAAGUCAGUCACACUUGAGGACCUGAUCAAGAUGUGGUCACAGAUUCUCCUCUGCUGCCUUGUUGGCUUUGCCGCUGCUUCCGACUACGGUUGGAAGAGCAACACCGAAUAUGUCUACAAGGUGCAUGGCCGCACCCUUACCGGCCUGCACGAGGUUGAGAACCAAUACUCCGGUAUGAUGAUGAAGGCCGCUCUUGUCGUUCGUCCCCAGGACGAUGGCAAGCUGAUGGCUCAGAUUCAGGACGCUAAGUACGCCCAGGUGCACGCCCACCUUCCCGAAGGUUGGCGCAGCGAUAUCCCUGAAGGCAAACUGUCCUACCAGCAGCUUCCUAUCAGCGAGCACGCUUUCGAGAUCGUCAUCCGCAAGGGUGUCGUUCGCGAUGUGAUCGUUGCCAAGGAGGUCGCCAACUGGGAAGCUAACUUCAUCAAGGCUAUCGUCAGCAACCUUCAGCUUGAUACCCAGGGUGAACGCGUCAUCAAGUCUCAUGUUAACCAGCUUCCCGAAGCUGAUUCCAACAACGCUGUCUUCAAGACCAUGGAAGACAGCAUUGGUGGUCGCGUUGAGACUCUUUAUGACAUCUCUCCUCUGCCUGAGUACGUUCUCCAGUCGCAGCCUUGGCUCGCUCCCAAGCCCGAGAUGAAGGGUGAUGGUGAGUACAUCGAGAUCGUUAAGAACCGCAACUUCUCCCGUGCCGGUAAUGUUGGUUACCACUUCGGUCUUGGAAACAACGUUGACUGGGAACCUUAUUCCAACCAGAUGGGUGACUUCUUCCUUCGUUCUUCCAUGAGCCGUGUUGUUAUCUCUGGCAAGCUCCAGCACUACACCAUCCAGUCCGCUGCUACCACCAACAAAAUUAUUCUGAGCCCUACUCUUAACAGCCAGCAGAACGGUAUGGUUGUGUCUCACUUGAACAUGACCCUCCACCAGGUUCAGCCCGCUCAGGGUCAGUUCCAACAACCCCAGCAGGGUCACAACCUUGGCUCUCUGGUCUACAGCUACAACAAGCCUUACUCCGAUAACCACGAACCCAAGCAGUGGAUGCAGAACCGCGACGAUGAAGAUGUCUCUGACUCUUCUUCUGAAGAGAACCAAUAUGCUCAGCGUUACAACCGUCAUCGCCGUUCUUCUGGCAAUCAGUACACUUCCGGUGAAUCCCAUGAAUACUGGACCCAAGACCAGCCUCAGCUUCAUGAAGCUCCCGAGACUCCUCUUCUUCCUUUCUACAUUGGUAACCAGGGCAAGUCCAUCAAGCAGUCCCAGAAGGUGCAGGUUGAGCAGGUCGCUCAGAAGCUUGCUCAACAGAUUGGUGAAGAGAUCCAGCGCCCCGAGCACAUCCACAAAGAGAAGACCCUUGCCAAGUUCACCAUUCUUGCCCGUAUUGUCCGCAUCAUGAACGAGAACGAGAUGCAGCAGGUUGUCAAAUCUCUGUACUGCACUGAAGAGAAGGGUGCUAAGCUCGACUCCUGGAGGGCUUACCGUGACGCUCUUGCUGAGGCUGGUACUGGUCCCGCUCUUCUUACCAUCAAGGAUCUUGCUAAGAACAAGAAGAUCCGUGGUGAAGAAGCCGCUGAACUGAUCGCUACCGCUGCCCAGUCUGCUCGCCACCCUACUCCUGAGUACAUGCGCACCUUCUACGCUCUCGCUACCUGCGAUGAGGUCAAACACCAGGCUAUCCUCAACGACUCUGCUAUUCUUUCUUUCACCACUCUUGCCCGCAAGGUGUACAGCGACAAGGUAUACUCCGACAACCAAUACCCCACUCAGGCUUUCGGCUCUUUCCGCAAGAAUGAGCAGGGUCAGAAGUUCGUCGCUGAGGAGGUCAUCCCCUACUUGAAGCAGCAGUUGAAUGAAGCUGUCCAGCAGGCUGACUCUCACAAGAUCCACGUUUACAUCCGCGCUCUUGGCAACGUUGCCCAGAAGAAGAUCCUCGGCGUUUUCGAGCCUUACCUUGAGGGUAAGAAGCAGUGCUCUCAGUUCCAGCGUCUGCAGAUGGUUGUUGCUCUUGAUAAACUUGCUAUGGUCCAUCCUAAGGUCGCCCGCUCUGUUUUGUACAAGAUCUACCAGAACGCCGGUGAACAGGCUGAAAUCCGUGUUGCCGCUGUCUACCAACUCAUCCGCACUGGUCCUCCCGCGUCUAUGCUCCAGCGCAUGGCUCAGUACACCCAUGUUGAUGAAGAUGAGCAGGUCAACGCUGCUGUCAAGUCCGCUAUUGAAUCCGCUGCUGAACUUGAAGGUGAACAGUUCGCUGAGCUUGCCGAGAAUGCUCGCUCUGCUCUUCCUCUGCUUACCAAGAACACCUACGGCAUUAACUACUCUCAGAACUACCUCCGCUCUUACGUCAUUGACGAGAUGAACAUGCUCUACAAGCAGGACAUCUACUCCAUUGGCAGCCACGACAGCCUUUUCCCCAAGGGCCUGAAAUACUACCUCCGUUCUGAACUCGGUGGUUACAAGACCGAGAUCGUUAACCUGAAGGCUAUGGUUUCUUCCAUCGAUGAGCUUACCAAUGUCCUCCAACAGCAGACUGAAAUCCACCAGCAGAAGCAGAAGCAGCAGAAGCAGAAUGCCCAACAGGCUCAACAGAACCAGUUCUCUAGCGAGUCCAUCCUUCGUCUUUUGAACGUCCAGAAUGAGGAACGCGAACAGCUUGAGGCUAACCUUCUUCUCCAGCUUGGAGGUGGUGCCAGCCGCUUCUUCACCAUCAACAACCGCACUGUUGAGAUGCUUCCUGAAGCUCUUGCUCACAUUGAAGACCUUCUCCGCCAGGGACAGAACAUUCACUACACCAAGUUCUUGAACCGUUUUGACUUGACCAUCAGCUACCCUACCGCCAUGUCCUUCCCCUUCGUCUACACCUUGGAUGCCCCUACCAUGCUCCAUGUGCAAGGCAAGGUCCAGGCUACCGCUGAGCCCAAGAUCUCUUCCGGCGACAAGAUCCACAAGCCCCAGACCCUCAAGGCUCAGUCCGAAAUCCGUGCUGUUGUCUCCACCAAGGUCCAAGCCAAGCUUGGUUUCGUCACUCCCUACGACCACCAGCACUACAUCGCCGGUGUUGAGAAGAACGUCCAAGUUCAUAUCCCAGUCAAGUCCCAGAUUGAGAUUGACCUGAAGAACAAGCAGGUGCACGCUGAAAUUGAACCCCUUCAGCACGACAAGAACACCCAGGUCUUCCACUACAGCAUGUACCCCUACACUGCUAAGCACGACAUCCUCAGGACCCAGCCCCUUCAGGAUUCCGAGGUCCAAGUCAUCUACCAGCAAGAACAGCCCCAGACUCGCUUCGAAACCGUUGUUGGCAAGAAGGCCGGUAUGGCUUUCCGCGUUGAAUACGUUUCCGAGCAGAAGCACAUGGACGGCAAGUGGCUGUACGACCAGCUUCAGCGUCACGACGCUAUCUCUGCCCUUCUUGCUCCCGCUGUUGAUGAGACCAUCCAGCACACCAAGUUGAACAUUGAAUACGACGCUGAGAAGUCUCAGGCUCGCAAGGCCAUUAUCCGCAUGGGUUACGAGCGCCGCUACGAAAACGACGACUCUUCCAACGACUCUACCAACGAAGAACCCAAACUCGAGCAGUUCUCUCAGCUGCCCAAGGAGUCCAAGGCUCGCCAACAGAAGUUCGCCAAGAUGGCCGCCGCUGGCAUCCGCUCCGCCAGUGUUGGUGUCUACGAUGCUUCCAUUGAAUUCGAUGGUCAGAACAAGAUUGAAUACGCCGCUACCCUUGCCGUUGCCUCCGGUCCCGCUGACCACAAGGCUCGUGCCCUCUUCUACGUUAAGCGUAACUCUGGUAACCACGGUGAAUGCAAGCCUUUUGAAUUCGCCGCUGCCGCCAAGACCCGCGCUCCUAACACCAACGCUCUUGACUUUGGCUACGCCCUGAAAUUCGACCCUACCACCGCUGCUCAUGUUGAGAUUGCUUACGGUCAGGACCUCCAGUCUGCCGCCAAGGUUCAGGUUCAUGCUAAGCUUGAAAAGAGCGAAUCUCGUCGUCGUUACCUCCAGGCUCAUCCCCGUGCCCAGGAAUGCCGUCAUGAAAUGCAAUCUGGUAACUACCAGCUGCCCGCCUGCGCCAACAUGACCGCCGAGGCCAACCUCCUUGACCGCGUCCAUGUUCAGGUUCAGUACGAUAACAUCACCCCUGUGAUCCGCAAUGCCACCUACAAGAUCUACUCCGCUCUCCGUCAUAUGGGUUACUACAACCUUGAUGAGAACGUUGUUUCCGCCCAGGGUACUGGUAAGGACAACCAGAUCGAACUUGAGGCCCGCUUUGAGCCUGACUUUGAAUCCGUCAAUGUCACCCUCCGUGCCCCCAAGGUUGAAGCUCAAUUCAACGAGAUCCGUGUCAAUGACUGGGCUCGUCAAGUUGUUGCCGUCCACCCCGCUUAUCCCUUGAACUACCGCGCUAUGUCCCAUGCUCUUGACAUCGAUACCUAUGGUUCCAUCUGUGUUGUUGACAAGAACGCCGCUAACACCCUUGACAACAAGACCUACCCCUUGCGUCUUGGAUCCGGCUGGACUGUGAUGAUGCAGUACGUGCCUACCUUCGCCCGCCAGCACCACCAAGAACAGAAAUACAUCCAACAGCAAGAAGAACAACAGCAGGAGCAAUACGUUGUCCUCGUCCGUGACUCCCAGUCCGGUGAGCACAAGGAACUUAAGAUGACCAUCCGCACCCCUGAAUCUCAAGGUCAGCUGAUCGAAGUUGAUGUUAAGCCCCAGCAAGGUCAACAGGGUGAACAACCCCGUGCUCAGAUCACUGUCAACCAGAAGGCUUACCAGCUUGAUGACAAAAAAUCCACUGAUAUCGAAGGUGGUCUUAUCCAGAUGUACGUUCUUCCCCGUGGUGAGGUCGCCAUUGAGGUCCGUGAUGCUUUCUACGUUAUCUACGAUGGUGAGCGUGUUAUGCUUUCCGCUACCCACGACAAGUUCCGUGAUGCCGUCCGUGGUCUCUGCGGUACCUUCACUGGUGAACAGGUCAACGACUUCCUGACUCCCAAGAACUGCAUUGUUCGUGAUGCUAAGCAAUUCGCUGCCUCCUGGGCCAUCGAAGGUGAAUCCCGCCAGCAUGCUGGUCAACACAAGGGUGAAUGCGUCUACGAGGAUGUUGAAUACGUCAACGUUGUCUCUGACUACGAUGCCGGCCGCACUCAGCACAAGCAAGGCAAGCACCACCAACAGCAACGCCAGCAGGAACAAUACGAGCGUUCCGGCUCCAACUCCGGCUGCAGCAAGCACCAGACCCGCUAUGUUGAGGAGAACGGUGAGAUCUGCUUCACCAUUCGCCCCCAUCCCGUCUGCAAGAGCUCUUGCCGCGCCAACGGUGAAGAGGAGAAGAAGGUCCCCGCUCACUGCGUGAAGGCUAACAGCGUUACUGACCUGUGGAAGAAGCAGAUCCAGCGUGGUGCCAACCCCGACUUCAGCCACAAGAGCGUCACCAGGGACGUGCGUGUGCCCAUGCCCAAGUCCUGCACCAGGCAGUAAGCUCAAAACGCAUUAACAAAGCGUUAAGAAAGCGUUAGCAUCCCAAAAAUGUAAAAAAAAUA